AGAUGUAACCCAGAUGUGGGCGGUAUGUCAAAACUCAUAGACACCAACAAGCCGGAAUCGCGCAACUGGCUUAAACAGUGGCGGACUGUGUACGUCACAAGACAUGCUCUUCUGCCAAUUGUCAGUGAGGAGGCAGCCCAGUUACAUGGGGACAUAUCGAACAAAGCAAAGGUACCAGCAUGCAUCAAAUGCUCUUCCAGAGAUGUACAGAACAGAAAUGCAAGGUGCCCAUAUCAUGUCGUUCUUCGAGAUGAGUUAGUCGACGAGCACGCUUAUGGACAGGCAAGAGGCAUAGGUGCACUAACGUUAAAAAACACCAAAGCAGAAAAAUGGGUAAACUCACCAUGGGAGAUAGCCAAGGUGUUCAUGCCACCAGCUGGGUACGAGGACAAAACCACAAUUGAAGAAACAGAUUUCAAUGGCAUCGCUGCCUUCAUCAUUAACUGCAAGCGUUUUCAUGGCAAAAUCACGGGCACUAUCUGUGAAAAGGCUAGAGAAGUGGUCAACCACAUUCGGCACAUGCCGGACAUUUGUUCCACCGCCUUGACAGAACGGGCCACAACCGAUUGCAUAGAUAACCUGUACGCUCUACUUAAUGAGCAAGGCCUGAAGACUCGGCCAGAGGCGAUACUGGCGCGGACACAAUUGGACGAGCUUAAGACAUCCAAAGAUGAGAAUGUAUACUACAGUAUUUGCCAGAAGUUACAUGAUGAAUUCGAACAGAAACUUGCCGACAUUGAACGAAAAUUCAACGCAGAUGAAAUUGAUAAAGAACGCGCUAAAGAGAGUAUGCACUCUGAAGCCCAACAAUUCCAGAAGAAUCAGGAAAACAUGUUGCGAUCACUUGAAAGAAUUUCUGACGAUGCAAAACAGGAUUUAUUAGGGACUAAAGACGACAUUCUUUUGUCGAUUGAAGAAGAGAAAAGAAGGGUCAUGGAGCUUAUGGAAAGAACGAUCACAGAACGCAUUGGAAAAUAUGUAACCGAUGGUAAAUUAGCGCUUGAGAUACAUGCCGAAAAUUUAAAAAGACAAACCACAGAACACAUAGAACAUUCUUUGACAAAACGUAAAAUAGAGGUUGAAGAUCAGACAGAAAUACAUGCUAAGCGGUUGCGUACAGAAAAACUACAAAAACAGAAACGUGAGUUAAAGACACAGCUAAUCGAGCACUAUAAUAAAUCUGCAAGCAAGAUACCUGUUCGUCUCGACAUUGACGAAACCAUUGAAAAUAUUUACGAAAACCCAGAACUUACCUUGAUUAAAAUCGAAAAUGGCAAGACGACAAAGAAAGAUAUUCCUGAAGUAAGCCAACUGUUUUCGACAAGUGAUGGCCCAAUGGCUAAAACGAUCAUCGUCGAGGGUGAACCUGGCAGAGGCAAGACCUCCUUGUGUAAAAAGAUCGUGCACGACUGGCGUAAACUAAAGGAGAACGUUGAGCAGGAGCCGAUCACAUCAAGUUUAAGUAAGUUUGAAUUCGUAUUCUACAUCAUACUUCGCCUCGUUAAAACUGAGAGUGAAGUUAAAGCUAUGAUAGUCGAACAUAUACUAAAGAAGAUUGAUUCAGACUAUGAAAGUGCGCACUCACUGCUAGGAGAAAUUUUAAAAUCAGAGCACUGUCUUCUACUGUUUGACGGUUUGGACGAAUGGCGUAGAGAAAUGCCUCAUGUUGAAACAAGUUGGAGAUACUGUACAGUAUUAAUCACAACACGACCGUACAAAUUGGCUGAACUAAAGGUGAUUCCAACGCAGGUCGGUAGACAUGUCCAAUUGGAUGGAGUUAAGAAUCCAGAAGAGCUUGUAUUGAAAGUCAUUCGGAAGUUAGAGGAAUAUCACAAAACAAACAAACAACCCAGGUCCUGCAUCAAGGACUUAAAAGACAAACAACUGUGGCAUUUCCGUGAAAACCCCGUCAUACUCGUCAAUAUUGUGUGGCUCUGGCAAAAGAGUAAGUUAAGAGAAAACAUGUCUCGUUCUACUCUUUACCAGGAAAUUAUAGAUGAAAGAUGGUAUGAAAUGUGUGACAAAAAAAAACAGGAUCAAGAUCCACACGAGUUGUAUGACGUACUGAGCGAGAUAGCAUUUAACAAACUGCUUUCUGAAAAUGAGGACGAAUCGCUAGUGUUUAACAUCAAGGGGAAACUUCUAGAGAAAUUUAAGCAGUACAAGGAUGCAUCGCUUGAAUCUGGUGUCCUGUCUUGUAGUAAUGUGCCUGGAGAACGCUUUCCUCAGUACCAGUUUCUUCACAAAACAUUCCAAGAAUACCUUGCAGCUGUUUUUCUGUCAAAAUGCGGUUCGACUAUGUCCACCUCAUGCAAGCUCGUGAAAGAAAUAUACUCAAAUCAUAGGAACGAAAGUGUAUUUGCUUUGAAAGAGGUAUUCCUUUUUCUAUGUGGUUUAAAUCUAGUAGCAGCCGAAGAAUUUUCGAAAACACUGAAUGAGCUGUUUACUGAGAACUGCGAAGAACAGGGAUCAGCUGGGAGUGCUGAGCAAUUCCAGCAAAUGAUAAUGAGCGGCUACGAUGAUGCAGAGAGAAACGGGAAAUUCGGGGCGGAUUUCUGCUUGCAGCACAUCGUGUUGAAUAAUAAAUAUUACACAGGGAAUCACAGGUCGAAGUUGAAACUGUGCAUGGACGAUAAAAGAAAAUCCAAUCUCAAAUCACUACGUAUUGUUGGAAAAAGCGACAUAGCUUCGGCUCUGCAGUACAUGGAUGAUCCGUCUGUUUUAGAUUUAGAUGUUUGCAAGAAUUUAAAAUUUGUUGCUUUAAAAGGGGUGUCAUAUAAAGAUAUCAACCUACUAAAUUUGAAUGGAUUAGUAGAAUGCGAAAUAGAAUUCAACGACUACAAUCCAGCAAGUAAACUGAUAUCGUCAGUGCAGUCCUCAGAUUUACAAGGUUUGAAAAGGCUGGUACUGAUAAACGUUGGUUUGGAAUGUGAAACAAUGGACAUAUUUUCAAAACUUAAAUGUGUCAAAGAUCUUGACCUCACAUGGAGCAAGUCGAUUCGAGCACAUGAUAAACCUUUUGACUUUGGCAACCUCAGACAUCUCAAAUACCUUAACAAGCUCGGUUUCAGGGGAUUUCCUUUCUCUGAUGUUGUAAAUAUACAAAUGUUCAAUCCGUGUUCGUUAACUGUCGAAUUUAGAACACAACAACGAGCUCCGCAGUUGAUGGCAGCAUUAAUAUCAAAGGCUGACGGUUACCCUACAAAAUUUUUGGAUGGGUCACACUUUCCGCAAAAAUACGUUGGACUGAAGAACGUUCGUAUGUCAGCAGGAAAGUGCAUGCGUCUUUUUAAUCUGAUGUUACAGUCUGGACAUGGAGUGAGGAUUACGUUAACUGAGUGUACAAUAGGGGGUGACAUAAGACCGCUGCCGGAGAGAGUGGGAGACCAAACUGCCGUACAGGGUGUAGCUCCACAGCUCGCCUCAAUGUCGAAUGAAAUAGACAUUAGAUUUGAGAAGAUGACAGUGUCCGCAGAUGUUUUCAUGCGUCUCGUUCUCGUGAUGUUACAGCCUGGACAUAGAGCUUUCUUCACAUUAACUGAGUGUACAAUAGAGGGUGACAUAAGACAGCUGCCGGAGAGAGUGGGGGGCCAAACUGCCGUACAGGGUGUAGCUCCACAGCUCGCCUCAAUGUCGAAUGGAAUAUACAUUAGAUUUGAGAAGAUAACAGUGUCCGCAGAUGUUUUCAUGCGUCUCGUUCUCGUGAUGUUACAGCCUGGACAUAGAGCGUCCUUCACAUUAACUGAGUGUAAAAUAGAGGGUGACAUAAGACAGCUGCCGGAGAGAGUGGGGGGCCAAACUGCCGUACAGGGUGUAGCUCCGCAGCUCGCCUCAAUGUCGAAUGGAAUAUACAUUAGAUUUGUGAAGAUAACAGUGUCCGCAGAUGUUUUCAUGCGUCUCGUUCUCGUGAUGUUACAGCCUGGACAUAGCGCGUCCUUCACAUUAACUGAGUGUAAAAUAGAGGGUGACAUAAGACAGCUGCCGGAGAGAGUGGGGGGCCAAACUGCCGUACAGGGUGUAGCUCCGCAGCUCGCCUCAAUGUCGAAUAUCGCCAACAUUAGAUUUGAGAAGAUGACAGUGUCCGCAGAUGUUUUAAUGCGUCUCGUUCUCGUGAUGUUACAGCCUGAACAUUUACCGUCCUUCACAUUAACUGAGUGUACAAUAGAGGGUGACAUAAGACAGCUGCCGGAGAGAGUGGGGGGCCAAACUGCCGUACAGGGUGUAGCUCCACAGCUCGCCUCAAUGUCGAAUGAAAUAGACAUUAGAUUUGAGAAGAUGACAGUGUCCGCAGAUGUUUUAAUGCGUCUCGUUCUCGUGAUGUUACAGCCUGAACAUGUACCGUCCUUCACAUUAACUGAGUGUACAAUAGAGGGUGACAUAAGACAGCUGCCGGAGAGAGUGGGGGGCCAAACUGCCGUACAGGGUGUAGCUCCACAGCUCGCCUCAAUGUCGAAUGGAAUAUACAUUAGAUUUGAGAAGAUGACAGUGUCCGCAGAUGUUUUCAUGCGUCUCGUUCUCGUGAUGUUACAGCCUGGACAUAGCGCGUCCUUCACAUUAACUGAGUGUACAAUAGAGGGUGACAUAAGACCGCUGCCGGAGAGAGUGGGGGGCCAAACUGCCGUACAGGGUGUAGCUCCGCAGCUCGCCUUAAUGUCGAAUGAAAUAGACAUUAGAUUUGAGAAGAUGACAGUGUCCGCAGAUGUUUUCAUGCGUCUCGUUCUCGUGAUGUUACAGUCUGGACAUAGCGCGUCCUUCACAUUAACUGAGUGUACAAUAGAGGGUGACAUAAGACAGCUGCAAGAGAAGGUGGGGGACCAAACUGCCGUACAGGGUGUAGCUCCGCAGCUCGCUUCAAUGUUGAAUAUAACAAACAUUUAUUUAGAGAAGAUGACAGUGUCCGCAGAUGUUUUCAUGCGUCUCGUUCUCGUGAUGUUACAGUCUGAACAGAUAGGGACCUUUACGGUAACUGAGUGUACAAUAGAGGGUGACAUAAGACAGCUGCAAGAGAAGGUGGGGGGCAAAACUGCCGUACAGGGUGUAGCUCCACAGCUCGCCUUACUAGCCUAUACAACAAACCGGAGAAUAUCAUUAAAAAAUGUGAUUGUGCCAGCGGAAGUGUUGAGGGGUCUCGUAAGUGUGAUGUUACAGUCAGUACGUCGUCGUGUUGACUGUGAAUUACAAAACUGUGCAAUAGAGCCUGUCGAAGAGGUGAGAAAGCUUAGGGAGGAAAUGUGGCACCAGCCCGCCAUUCAUGUGGAUUGGUUCAGCAUGCGUGAACAAGGCUGGUGCAUUAAGUACAGCAAAAAUAAGGUAUACUGA